UAUCCUCGGAAGUUAGAACUCUGUCCCCUCACUCUCUACUCUACCUCUCCAUCAAUCUUUUCUCCAUUUUCUUGUUCUGAAGCUUUUUUGUCAGUAGUUCAGAAUUCUAACUCAGUUCUCUACAAAGUACACCAUUAGAGCUCUUGUUUUGAUCGAGAAUGACAGACAGAUUCGUAUAGUUUGAAUCUUUGACUAAGUUCAACAACUCUAGUGUCACAAUAUAUACUUUGCCCUAUUUCCUUUUUGUUCAUUUUUGCAGUAACCGUUGUACUGAUCAAGAAGCCUAAGAAGACAACAUAGCAUAAGCAAUUCGAAUGGCAGAUUCGGACAAUGAAUCAGGAGGGCAGAGAGAGAGCGAGAGUUCACUAAGAGAGCAAGACAGGUUCCUUCCAAUAGCAAAUGUGAGCAGAAUCAUGAAGAAAGCUCUACCAGCAAACGCGAAAAUAUCAAAGGACGCUAAAGAGAUAGUUCAAGAAUGUGUUUCUGAAUUCAUCAGUUUCAUUACUGGGGAAGCAUCAGAUAAGUGCCAGCGUGAGAAGAGGAAGACUAUCAACGGUGAUGAUUUGUUGUGGGCGAUGACAACACUUGGUUUUGAAGAAUACAUUGAGCCACUUAAGAUUUAUCUGCAGAGGUUCAGGGACUUGGAAGGACAAAAGAGCACCAUGGUUGGAAUACAAGACAAAGAGAAUGGUGGAACAGUGAAUAUGGGUAGUUAUGUUGAGGACUAUGGCAUGAUUAUGAUGGGUCAGCAUCAUCAAAGACACGUGUAAGGUACCGGAGUAUACAAUCAGACGGCUGGAAAUGAUGCAGGGUCUCGAUUUCCGAUGUUGGGAGGCCAAGGUAGCGCUACAGGCUACAACUAUUGAAGCCCGUGAUCAUACUUACUUUUGUUCUACAAAUAUGUGUGUACAUUUUACAAUUUGGUGUAAACAUGGUAGCAAACAGAUUAUAAAUGCCUACAUCAUAGUUUCUGUCAGUUGACUUGUAAGUAACCUGAUUGUGUAACAUUCCUCCUGUGUCAAACCUAAAAGCUCUUCAUCAAAUAUGUAUAUAGGUUAAGUGUCCA